UCUCAGAUAGCAACAUACGGCUAAAGAGGCAAAGCAUUUCUUCCAAAGCGCCAAAAAGUUUAUAUCAGAUCAACCGGAACAAGUAAUCGGAUUGCGUUCUCAUUGAAAUCAUGUUAGCUCUAAGACUUUCUCCUUCGUAGUCAUCGCCAGGAUGCUUUGCGAUUUAACGUGGAUUCUGCUAGUCGUGGAAGCUAUGUACUCAAUUCUUUUUCAUUACCGCUCUGUUCCGAAAUCUCAUGGAUUCUGUGUUUAGAUGAUUAAAAAAAAAAAAAAGGCCAUCUGGAAUUGACAAAAACAAAAAUAAGGGAAGGAUAACCUCUUUCGCUUCCUUCGAUGAAUUUAUGGCAAUUAAAUACAUACAGUAAAGAUACUUCGCUUGGAAUGAAAACCUGUUGAUGUUGCCAGAGUUCCGCCGUGGUUAAUUUCACUUGACCUUUGCAUACGGAUCAUUAACUAACAUCAACAGAAAUGGAAAGCCCUGGGAGUGAAGCUGCAAGAAAACGCAUGAGACCAGAUAUGGAAGAGGAGGAAGAUGAAGCAGGAGCACAUAUUGAAGAAAAAGAUGAAUCUGAGAUGCAUGUUGCCGGAUCCGAAGAGAUGGAGCUUAAUAUCUCCAAUAUUCUGGAGAAGAUUGAAAAUUUCACGCAGAGGGUGUCAGAGCUACUGGAAUCUGGGAAAACAAUGUUUAAAGAACUCAGCAAUGAAUUUGAAGAGAGGCUGAUCAUGAUUCACAAGGAGCAAAUAGAGAAAUGGCAGGAAGAGAUCAAAGAAUUGCGGACACUUGAUGCAUCAAACGAGGAAACCAAUAUUGUUCUGCAUAAUGCUCGAUAUUUACUUCACCAUAGUCACAUUGAUUAGUGAAGUUGCAUAUGGUGCACACCAAAUCAUUAUCAGCGGCAAGCAAGAACCAGAUCAUGCUACUUUAAUGAUGUCAUUUUCUUGAAUCAUUUUCGUUUAUUAGAUGUUUUGCCCGAAUAACUCAUUUCCGAACUGUGAAUCAUCAGUGUGAUUAAGGACAUUGUAUCAUAUUGUUGCCGUGGUUUUCAUAUUAGACUUAAGCUUAUCCUUUGCUAAUAAUUCUCAGUACAAGUAUGUUCAAGAAUCAAGAGACUAUUGAAUUUGAUGGUCCAUGUUCAACUGUUCAA